AUUCUUCCCCUCACAGAAAUACAUAGGUCAUUUCUAUUGCGUUUCUCUUUUUGCUCUCUUGGAGACGUAUAUAUUCAUCUAUCAAUAAACUAGCUAGAGAUAAUUAAGAAGAAAAGACCAUUAUAUAUAUAAUUAUAAUUAUAAUUAUAUUGCAGCUAGCUAGGAUUGAAGGAUGAGUUCAAGAGUUCUUUGCAUUGCCAUGUUGCAUCUCUUGUGUCUGUUCCUUCUCUCAGGAACAAGUAUUGCAGAGAGACAGGAUGAUGAACAUGGCUCAAAAGCAAUCCGGAAAAGCAAAAAACUUGAUGAUGAUGAUUCUCGUCGGCAAGAGUUGAUGAUGAUGUACGAUGAGCUGGUAGCGAAAGCUGAUAUUCCCGUCAUCAAUCCAGUUCCGAAUACCCCUCCCGCUCCUCCGGGUUCCACAAUAACUCCCAUUCCUCCUUCCACCCCAGUGGAUCCCAUUCUUACUCCCACACUUCCAAACCCAACCCCCCCAGAUCCCACCCUUACUCCCACGCUUCCAAAGCCCCCUCUGAACCCAACCCCUUCCAUUCCCAGUCUAAACCCUGCACCCUCUCUGAACCCGAACCCAACUCCGUCAGCACCGAGCGGACAAUGGUGUGUUGCCAAGCCAGAUGCUGCAACUACUGAUUUACAGGUGGCUCUGGACUACGCUUGCGGCUACGGGGCAGACUGUUCAGCUAUUCAGGCAAGCGGAAGUUGUUACCAGCCAAACACGCUCCUUGCUCACGCCUCUUAUGCAUUCAAUAGCUACUACCAAAAAAACCCAAUUCCUACCAGUUGUGACUUUGGAGGAACAGCCAGCUUAACAACUACAGAUCCAAGUACCGGCGCCUGCAGCUAUUCAUCAUCAACUGCUUCCCCCACGCCUCCUCUUACACAGUCGCCUCCCACCCCCACCAUGCUGCCGCCUACAACCCCCACACUACUGCCUCCAACCACCAUUCCCUUGAGCCCGCCUACACCAACACCAGCCAUCACCCUACCCCCGCCAGGUCAACCAGCAGUAGAUACCCCGGAAUCAUUAGAUUAUGGGGCGCCGACAGAUUCACCUAACUCAGCAUGCACCUUCUCAGCAAACCUAGUACUACUUCUCAUGCUUUCUUUCCUGUCGUUGCAUCAUAUGUAAAUCUAAAGUCAGAUUAAAUGAAGAGAAAGAGAGAGCACUGAAGUUGCAACAUGAAUCCAGUAUGUUUUAUUUAUUGCCUCCAAACAUUACAUUACAAACUCUUCAGAGGCACGGCACAGACAGAACCAUCAUGAUGCUCGAAAGCUCACGACCAAGGAGCAGUCAGCAGUUUCUAUAUCUUUCACCUCUGUAUGGCUUUUAGAUCCAACAGGAAGCCAAGAGAUAAGUGAAGAAAGUCAUCUUGAUGUAUGUAUGUAUGUAUGUAGUCGGUAUUUUAUAGCUAUAAACUCCCACUUAAAUACAUACUUCAUUAUCAUAGACAGAAAAUUUCAGCUUAAUUUAUGUAGUGAAAGACGUGCAUUUUCUGCCUCCUAACAGACAUGAUAAUCUAAAACGCUAUAAACAGCCCCAUCACCGG